GGCUCUCGCUGUGUCGGGUUACAGGGGUGUGGCUCCACCAUCAGCCAUCAUUUCCUAAUUCAUCCGCAUCGCUGAAGGAGGAAGCGCAGCCAUGGCGCAGGGUCUCAAGGAGCGAUUUGGCAAGUUCCUUCAUGAGAAAAACCUCGUGACAGAUGCUCUAGCAAAAGUCGAAGCCAAAACUGGAGUAAACCGGACGUAUAUCGCUGCCGGAGUCAUAGCGGUGGUCGCAGUUUACCUCGUCAUUGGUUACGGAGCCUCCCUGCUGUGUAACCUGAUCGGCUUUCUUUAUCCAGCCUACAUAUCGAUCAAGGCGAUUGAAAGUGCGACGAAGGAUGAUGACACAAAGUGGCUGACCUACUGGGUGGUCUACGGACUCUUCAGUGUGGCAGAGUUCUUUGCUGAUAUCUUCCUCUCCUGGUUCCCUUUCUACUAUAUUGGAAAGUCUGCCUUCCUGGUGUGGUGCAUGGCUCCCACUCCUUCUAACGGCUCAAUCCUGAUCUACCAACGGGUUAUUCGACCGCUCUUCCUCAAGAAUGAGGCCAAGAUUGACGACGCAGUGAAAAACAUCAAAGACAAGGCAUCAGAGGCAGCAGACAAAUUCAAAGAAGAGGCUAAGAAAGCCACAGCAAACAUCAUCUUCGAGGAGAAGAAAAACUUCUAAGACUGAUGCCUUCGCACACCGCCGGCUCCGGACCUGACCGUGGUACAGAAGCUAAAUGUUUUUAGGUCAUCACAACUGUUAGCUUGAGCUACAUGCUGGAUGUGUUUCAUUUAAAUCAUAUUAAAGUUGUUUCUCAUAUCUAUUAUGCUGUAUAAAUAUUCAUCGGCGUGUGCUUCAUGACCCCAAUUAAAAGAGAUACAUUGAA